AUGUCAAGAACGACGACGGAAACUUUGCAGCAAUCGCCGACGCCACUGUUGUUCCGGCGACAUUCGAGCGGCGAAGUAAGGAACUUAGCAUCGGUGUCAAGUAGCCUUCUACCGGCUUUUGGCACUGCUGUGGGUGAAGGCACUUUAAGCCUCAAAAAAUAUGUCAUUGCACCUUAUGAUCGUAGAUAUCGAUGGUGGCAGGCAUUUCUGGUGUUGCUGGUGGUGUACUCGGCGUGGUCAUCUCCGUUCGAGCUAGCAUUCAAGAAAGUAGCAACUGGAUCACUUCUGCCUGUUGAUUUGAUAGUGGAUGGAUUCUUUGGCAUUGAUAUCAUCCUUACUUUCUUUGUGGCUUACUUGGACAAAUCUACUUAUUUGCUUGUCGACGACCACAAGAAAAUUGCCAUGAGGUAUGUCAAACACUUAUGGUUUCCGAUGGAUGUAGCUUCGACCCUGCCAUUUCCGGUCAUCUAUCAGAUCUUCACCGGAGGAAGAAGACCUCGCGGUGAGGUAUUUGGUUUCCUCAACUUGCUAAGGUUAUGGCGACUUAGACGUGUUAGUGAACUUUUCUCCAGGCUAGAGAAAGACACUCGGUUCAGCUACUUCUGGACUAGAUACUUCAAACUUAUAUGUGUGACCCUUUUCGCGGUUCACUCAGCGGGUUGCUUCUACUUUUGGCUGGCAACGCAUCAUCACAUAUCCAAUGAUACCUGGAUUGGUGCUAUAGUUCCCAAUUUCCAAGAGAGAAGCAUUUGGUUGGGAUACACUUACUCCAUGUACUGGUCUAUUGUUACCCUCACAACCGUUGGCUAUGGAGAUUUGCACGCUGUCAAUACAGGAGAAAAGGUUUUCAACAUGCUGUACAUGCUUUUCAAUAUAGGUCUUACGGCUUACUUGAUCGGAAACAUGACCAAUCUUAUUGUCCACAGUGCUGUUCGAACUUUUGCCAUGCGGGAUGCUGUUAAUGAGAUCCUGCGAUACGGGAGUAAGAACCGACUUCCAGAAAGCUUGAGAGAUCAAAUGCUAGCACAUGUUACACUCAAAUUCAAGACCGCAGAACUCCAGCAAGAAGAAGUACUAGAAGGUCUACCAAAGGCAAUCAGAUCUAGCAUUGCUCAACAUCUUUUCCGUAAGACAGUAGAAAAUACUUACCUUUUCAAAGGAAUCUCCGAGGACCUCCUUUUCCAACUGGUUCCAGAGAUGAAAGCAGAGUAUUUCCCGCCCAAAGUUGAUAUCGUUAUACAGAACGAGAUAUCAACAGAUUUCUACAUUGUUGUGUCUGGAGCUGUGGACAUAUUAACACACAAAAAUGGAAUGGACCAGUUCCUAUCAAAGUUAGGGCCACCGGAUAUGUUUGGUGAAAUAGGAGUAAUUUUGAACAUCCCACAACCUUUCACAGUGAGAAGUAGGAGACUAUCUCAGGUCAUACGGAUCAGUCAUCAUCAUUUCAAGCAAUUAUUGCAGCCCAUUAACGAAGAUGCGAAGAAAAUUCUCGACAACUUUCUCCAGAAUUUGAAGGGGCUAAGGAAGGAGUUGUUGGACGAGAUACCAUACAUAACAGAUAUACUGGGAGACUGCACAGAGGUAACUACAGCAGCGGGAGGAUCAGACAACAGCCGACUUGAGGAAGAAGCAAGAAAGAAAUUCUUUUUUUAUCAUCUUGAAGGGAAUUCCACAGCUUAUACUUUUCCAGAUACAUUGCCUACACGAGUAGUGAUUCAUGGAUAUCAUCCAGAUGAUAAGAUAGAUGAAGGGGAAAAUCCAGGAAAACUAAUUCAUCUGCCUGAUACAGUAGAAGAUCUUCUCAAAAUAGCAGAAAAAAGGUUUGGAAAGAAAGGAACAUCAAUACUCAUGGCAAAUGGAUCUCAAGUGGAAGACUUGAAUGCACUAAGAGAAAAUGAUCACUUGUAUAUUCAGUAA